UUCCGUUUCAUACGACCAGGAAGUUAUUACUCACCGCCCCGGAAACGACACUAACCUCCCGCCUCCCGAGACGUAAAGCGGAGCGACUGAGGCCGAAAGCGAGAUGCCAGUAGCCGUGGGUCCCUAUGGACAGUCCCAGCCCACCUGCUUCGACCGAGUGAAGAUGGGCUUCGUGAUGGGCUGCGCCGUGGGCAUGGCGGCCGGGGCGCUGUUCGGCACAUUCUCGUGCCUCAGCUCCAUUCAGGCUUACUCCUCCAGGAUCGGGAUGCGGGGCCGGGAGCUGAUGGGCGGAAUUGGCAAAACCAUGAUGCAGAGCGGGGGUACCUUCGGAACGUUUAUGGCCAUCGGAAUGGGCAUCCGCUGCUGACCGCGGCGGCUCCAGCUCUCCUCACACCCCCUCGCACCUCCUUGUGUAAUAUAAUAAAAGGCUUUGAGUACG